UUGCCUCGGUCUGAGCUGCACCAUCACCGAGCAGCAAACAACAUCCAGGGAAAAACCAGGAGAUAAACUAAAAGAGAGAGAGAGAGCACCUCGGUCUGUUCCGGCUCCAGCUGCUGAAGCUUCCUCCACCUGCAAACAAGACACCAGAAACUGUGACACAAUGAAAGUGGCUGUUGUUUUCAUUCUGCUCUUCGCCACAGUUCUCUGCCGACCGGCGAGAAAAGUUUCUGACAGCAGUUCAGAGAGCUCUGAAGAAGUGGUGAGACGACCAGCACCUCAAGCCAUCAGGAAACAGGCGGCGGUGGUUCCCCAGACCCGUGCAGCAGCUGUGCAGAACGUCGUAGCAGCAGCUGCCACCGGCUCAGACGAGAGCAAAGAGAGUUCAGACGAGGAGCAGACGGCAGCAGAGGCUCCAGCUCAAGAAGUCAGGUCUGACAGCGCAGACACAGCCUCGGCCACAGCCUCCACCUCAGACACAGCCAGCGUCAGCAGCGACGACAGCGACGACGACGACGACGAUGAAACAGAGGAGAGCGAAACCGAGGAGGAGGAGGAUGAAUCCAGCGACAGCUCAGAGUUGGGCGAGUCCUCUACCCUGGCUCCCACGACCGUCAGCCCCGUCAUCGUCACGGAAGAGCCCGUGAUCGAAACCACCAUCGCCCCCAUCGAGCCGACCAUCGUCACCGACACGGAGACAGCCCGUGGUGACAACAUGGGAGGCUACCCCAGUGACUACAAAUCCAUCGUCUACGUGGAGGACAAAUCCUACCACAAGGUGCCAGGUCCCUACAAGUCCUACGAGUUUGUCGGCACAGGAAAGAAGAUGGCCUACGACAUGACCGAUGGCAACGAGGUGGAGAAGUCACUGAAGGUGUAUAAGGUACAGGCUCUUCAGGUCCACUCUGACAUCCUGGAGGAGGACACCAGCACCCCUGAUGUGGAGACCCAGGGUCUGGACGCCUCCUCAGGAACCUCUCAGGACCUCAGCCCACGCCAGGCCUCCCUUCCGGAGGAGGAGGAGAGCACUAGCACCAGCGAAGCAAGCGCCAGCGACGCCACCACCAGCGAGAGCGAAAGCUCCAGUGCCACACAGGAAGAGGAGGAGGAGGAGGAGGAGAACACCAGCAGCACGAGCGACAGCACCAGCGCCAGCCAGGAGUCCGAGGAUGAGGAGAGUCAGAGCAGCGAGGAGGCCACGGCCACGCCCGGAGCCGCCGACAGUGACUCAGAGGAGAGCGACAGCGCUGAGAGCGAUUCAGACGAGGAGGCGGCUGCACCCGACGCCACCACUGACAUGCCAAUGGUCAUUACUGCCAAAUAAGCCCCGCCCAUCCAGGAAAUGGAGUGGACGGUGGCGUCGCAUUCACAUAAAGAGCGCAUGCUGCAUCCAGGUGCAAAACCCCCCUCCCCUCUGAGCCACUUUCCACUGCAGGGCCAAACAGGGACAGCUAAGACUCAAUAAUUAUUGAUUUCAAUGUGUUCAGGAAUUAUUUGCGAGGCAGAAAUCUCUUUUUCUGAUCAGUCCUAUUUAAAUAAACCAGUAACUCUUCACACCCUGUGGUCUCGUUGUCUUGGUAAACCCCAUGUUUGACCCUGUAGGGGAAAAGUGGUUGAUGUAUCAUUAAAGGAUGUUGAAACUGACGACUGCUACCUGCAACAGGAGGUUGACUGACCUCAUGACCUUUGUCCCAUUGCCCUCCUCCCCUCUGUUACUGAAGGGCAAAAGGUCAAAACUGGAGAUCAAACUUGAGUCCUGAUAUUUACACCAGCACAACACUGCAUUUAAUCUUGAAUUAGUAACUGCAAUAUGCAAACCUACGUUGUUGUUUUUUUUUUUGCUUAUGAAAUAAGAGAGAAAGCACACAGUUUAUUUAAAUAUUUGUAAUCAUCUCAAGCAUGAUAAAAUUUUAAAUUGUCAUUAAGUCAUACAUGUGCUGCCUGUGUGGCUUAGCUUUGUUGCUCGCUAGUAUCAAAUCUGCUGGUGUAGAUAAAAGGACAUAAACUCACCAUCCAGUUACAGGGUUCAAUCAGGUAUAGGUGCAGUACACAUAUACAUACAACACAUUCCAGUUCAUUUGCACAGUUCCUACCUACACUACAUGUUGUUUGUCUCAUGUUGUUUACUGUAAUGUAUCAUAUUGUACCAUUUCUAAAAUAUUAAUAAAGUUCUUUUUCAUAAAAAGA